AUGGACGGCUGCUUUGGUUAUCACGAACUGAAAGCAUUGGAGGAAUUAAUAAAUCCUACGAAAAAUGAUUCAGAUUCCGAGGAUGAUUUACCACAGGCUGGUGCUCGAAAACUUGGACCUGGUGAUAUUGGUAUUCAAAAUGGAAAAUCUCAAGACCAUUUGGGUCCACAUGCACCGUUGAAAGCGGAAGGCGAUGAUAUUUGGCAUCCGUCUGAAGCAGUCGUGUCGGAGAGUACGGAAGUCUACGAUCCGAGAAAAGUUCCGGAAUACGAGAUGAAAUUUAAGCAGGCAGUGACGGCGGAAGAUGUUUUUUUGGGUAUGGGCUUCAAAACUCCAGGGACGGCAUCCUGCGAAUGGUUAUCCGUGUUGGUGAAGAUGCCGCAGGAAGCUCGCGAGAAAAUCGAGCUGUCCGUGGAAACUGAGACGAUCGACGUGCGGAGCCCAAGGUAUCGACUGCAUCUCAAAACGCCACAUUCAGUCGAUCCUAAUGCCUCGUCGGCUAAGUGGCACAGUGACACUUCCACGUUGGAGAUCAUCCUCAGGCUUGUGCGCGAGCUGGACGACGUGAAUUUUUAA